AGACUGCUCCCUUUCAGUUUAUAUCAGAGAACCCAAUGGAGUCUUUUGAAGAACCUGGUUAUAUUGGUAGGGAGAACUUAUUAGAAGUUCCUACUUUAAGUGAUUGUUUUUCUGAAGAAGAAGAUGUUAAAGCUACACAUCAGCAUCGUUUCUCCCCUGGUCCCCGAAGGCGGAAUUCAGAUUCUUCUGAAGAAAUGGAAACAGAAAUCCCCUCAACUAUUGCAAGAAAAGUUUCAUUUGCUGAUGCAUUUGGUUUUGAUCUUGUAUCUGUUAAGGAGUUUGAUAGCUGGGAUAAUCCAAUUACACAGGCCAGUGAUGAUUUAGAAGAUGAAGAUGUGCCUGUGGAAGAAUUCUAUUUAACUCCACUGUUUCUAAUUCCCACCACACAAGAGGAACUUUUGCAAUCUGUGCGUGCACAUAAAAUAUGUCUAGAAUUUGUAGAGUUUCUUCCAGGCAUAAUAUGUAUGAAGGGCAUAAUUCGUGUUCUGAAUAUAUCCUUUCAGAAGUUGGUCUAUGUUCGAAUGUCUUUGGACAACUGGCUAACCUAUUAUGACAUCUUAGCAGAAUAUGUGCCAGAUUCUUGUGAUGGUGAGACUGACCAAUUCUUAUUCAAGAUUUCAUUGGUUCCUCCUUAUCAAAAAGAAGGUGCUAAAGUUGAAUUUUGCAUACGAUAUGAGACAUCUGUGGGAAUAUUUUGGUCAAACAAUAACAAUAAAAAUUAUAUUUUGAUUUGCCAUAAAAAGGGAACUGCAUCAUCAUUGGAGGAUAAUAGUCUUCAAGAAGUUACAAAUAAACAUAUCAAAGGCUGCUUAAAGACAACACUGAACAGUAAAGAGGAAACAUUGACAACGGCUGAUAAAGACAUUUGGAUUAAUCCCAGAAUCUCAGAUUCAGACAUCCCUCAAAUCAUUUAUUCACAUGUGGAUAAUGAAAAUAAACACAGAAAAGAAAAUGAAGAAGAAAAAAAUGAUGACUGUAAUGAAGAUGACAAAGAAAAUGAGAAAGAAUUGGAGUUGCUGCUAAGUCAGCACUUCACUAGAAGCAGAAGUUCUAUGAAUGAAAGGAGUUCCUAUGCAACUGAGCCAAUUAGAUUUCCAAAUGAACCACAACAACUGGGGGACAAACUAGAGUCUGGCUUGAUUAGACAACCUCUGACUAAAAGCUCUUCAACAGAACAUGCUUUACAAGACAAAGAACUGCAGAAUAAUAAAACAUGUUCCAUUGGAAAUGAUAGGCAGUUAUUAUUCCCAGAAAAAUGCAGUGAGGACUCACUAAACAAAACUGUAGAGUCCUUAGAGAGUUUGAAUCCAAAAGAAACCUAUGUCUCACCAGAAUAUUGGUCUGAAUUCAAGAAAAACCAGACUGCCUAUAUUGCAGACAUUGUCUCAAGCACUUGUGGAAUGGAUCAAGCAGAUGUUCCAAGUGAUGAAUUUAAUAAUGUCCAAGGAAUUAAAACAAUAGAGACAUUAUUCAUAGCAGAAGGAAAAAUUGUUUCUGAACAAGGUGUGCAUUGUGAAGUACCAUUGAAACAUUCAGAACAUUCUUCGCAAGGCUUACACAAAAAUGAAGCUGAAGAAGGAAACACCUGGAGUUCAUUUUCUUACAUAGGUCCCACAACUGAACCAAAAAUAUGCAGUUUGGAUAAAAAAUUGGUGGGAAGCUGUUAUGAAAACUCCUCAGUGAUAUCUCCCAAAGGAUUUGUAGGGUCUCAUACUGCUAAAGUAGAAGAGAUGUUGCCUCCACCCACAGAUGCUUCAACUGAAAUUGCAGCUCGUUCUGGAUAUAACUUCAACCCAAAAGGUGAAAUAACUCAUGUUAUUCUAAAUAUCACUAAACCCCAAGAAUUUCCUCCUAGUGAGAAUAGAGAAGGAAACAUAGGUCACUUUUCCCAUCAAACAGAGUUCAGUCCAGAAAAACAAAUAAGGCCUACUAUUUUAAUAAGGGAACCGAUUGAAGAAAGAAAAGAAACAAGCUUAGAUUCAAAAGGUUUAAUACCUGAAAAGAAAAUGAAUAUUGUCAGAUAUGAUAAGCAGGCUUUUUUUGAUCAUACAGGAAUUUCUGGCCAGCAAAAUGAAGCUUAUAAUUCACCUGCUGAGUAUCUUGUGUUAAAGCAUAUUGCUUACAAGAUACUUUAUUUCCUUUUGUUCAUUGUAUUUUGUGUAACAUUGUAUCAUUAUGAUUUAAUUGUCUGCUUUGCACUCUACUUAUUUUCAUUGUACUGGCUAUAUUGUGAUGGUAGGAGAAACAAAAACUCCAUCAAAAAGGAAUAGUAUGAAUAUUCCACAUUGUAUUUAGAAUUUAUUAUCUGAAUGUCUAUGG